GAGCAUAAGGAAUAUUAUGCUAGGGCUUAUACCAGCCAUUAGUUCUGAUUACUGGGGAGCUUUUGAGGAGCAAAAUGGCAGUGAUGAUUGGAAUCGCUUUCAGAGUUUCUUGGCUUUGUUGCCUGCUAAUUGACGGGAUAACCUGUUCUACAUCAAGUGAUGGGUAUCCUGCACCAGGUUCUGAUGCAGCAAGGCUCUAUACAGGCCCACUUAGGUCAAAAGGAUAUGAUAAUUACAACUCUCCAACAGCUCAAUUGCAAGCGCAGCUGACCAAAGAGCAACAGAAACAUCUGGAAGCCAUCCUGCAAAAUCAACUGGCCCCCAUGCCCCAGGAACCUCAGAAAAUGUGGUAUCCAGCUCAAAUGCCCCAGAAGCAACCAUUUACUGAACUUCAGCAUCAGAAGGAACUGGCCUUCAUACCCCAGCUAUAUCAGCAAGUGUGGUAUCAACUUCAAAUUCCUCAGCAGCAAAAGCAACCAGCUACUGUUCCUCAGCAGCAAACGGAACUGACCACCAUGCCCCAGAAACAACCGUCUCCAAUGCCUAUACCGCAUAAACGACCAACAACUAUGCCCCAGAAAGCAUGGUAUCAAGCUCAAAUGCAGCAAAAGCAACCGGCCACCAUGCACCAGCAAGUGUGUCAACUGGCCCCCAUUCCCCAGCAGCCUCAUGACGUCUGGUAUCCAGCUAAAAUGGUCCAGAAGCAACAAGCAGCUGCAACUCGGCGGCAGAAGGAACUGACCACCAUUCCUCAAGAGUGGCAUCCAGCUCAAUUUCCCCAGCAGCAGAGGCAACCAGCCCUAAUACUUUUACCGCAGAAGGAACUGAACGCCAUACACCAGCAGCCUCAGCAAGUGUGGUAUCCAGCUCAAAUGCCCCAGAAACAACCAACUGCUGAACCUCAGUGGCAUCCAGCCAAAUUUCCCCAGGAGCAACCAGUCCCUAUGCGUCAACUGCAGAAGGAACUGACCGCCAUUCCACCACUGUGGCAACCCGCUCAAAUUCCCCAGCAGCAUAAGCAACCGGCUGCCAAGCUUCAGCAAGUGUGGGAACAGGCCCCCAUUCCCCAGCAGCCUCAUGAUGUUUGGUAUCCAGCUAAAAUGGUCCAGAAGCAACAAGCAGCUGCAACUCGGCGGCAGAAGGAACUGACCACCAUGCCCCCGCAAGUAUGGCAUCCAGCCCAAAUGCCUCAGGAGCAAAAGCAACCAGCUACUGAACCUCAGCAGCAAAUUGAACCGACCGCCAUGCCCCAGCCACCUCAGCAAUUGUGGCAUCCAGAUCAAUUUCUCCAGGAGCAGAAGAAACCAGCCCCUAUGCAUCUACCGCAGAAGGAACUGACCACCAUUCCACCACAACUGUGGCAAUCCGCUCAAAUGCCCCAGCAGCAUAAGCAACCGGCUGCCAUGCCCCAGCAGCCUCACGACGUGUGGUAUCCAGCUAAAAUGGUCCAGAAGCAACAAGUCGCUGCACUGACCGCCAUGCCGCAGACGCAUCAGCAAGUGUGGCAUCCAGCUGAAUAUCCCCAGCAGCAAUUGGCCUCCAUGACUCUACAGCAGAAGCAACUGACCGACGUGCCUCAGAAAGAGUGGCAACCAGCUCAAAUACCGCGGAAGCAACCGGCUGCUGAACCGCAGCAGAACGAACCGGCCACCAUACCCCAGCAAGUGAGGUAUCCAGCUCAAAUGUCCCAGCAGCAGAAGCAACACACUGCCAUGCCACAGCACCAACUGACCCCCAUGCCUCAGCAAUUAUGGCAUGUAGCUCAAAUACCCCAGAAGCAACUGAACCCAAUGUCUCAGCAGAAGCACUACGAAAGCACUGAAGAUGGUGCCUUUAGUAGCACUCAGGCCAGCAUCGUUGAACAGUCUGGUGUCAUCCCAAUCUAUUCCUACAGUUCCAAAUCGCACUACGAGAAUGGCAGGACUGUAUUCUCCCAAACCCGCUACACUCCUAGGGAGGCUAUGCCUGUUGACAGUGGAAGUGCUCCCAAGGACAGUUUUGUUGGUACUGGUGCACCUAGCGUAUAUCCAUCACUAGUGAAGGAUUCUGCAAGGAAAUUGUAAUAGAUUCAUCCUCUAGAAGCUAAUGCAACAAAAGGAACCGGAUCCCAUGCCGCCUCUGCAGAAGCAACCAGCUACAAUGUCUCAGCAAGUGUGGCGGCUAGCGCAAAUAUCUUCGGUGAAGCAACCAACUGCCACGCAAAAGAAGCCUUAGCAAGUGAGGCAUCCAGCCCCAAUUCACCCAGCAGCAGAAGCAACCGACUACCAUGCCUCAGCAAGUCUGCCAUCCAUCCCAAAUGCCCCAGAAGCAACUGGCCCCAUGUCUCAGCAGAAGCAAUACGGGAGCACUAAAGAUGGUGGUUCUGGUAGCUCUCAGGCCAGCAUCGUUGAACAGUCAGUUCUCAUCCCAAUCCGUUCCUACAUUUCAAAAUCGCACUGAGGACGGCAAAAUCCGCUACUCCUGGGAACGUUGUCUGUUAACAGUGGAAAAGCUCCCAAUGACAGUGUUGGCAUAUUUGAACCAAGCACAUACCCAACACUAGUAAAGGAUCCUACAAGUUAACGUACAACUUUAAUCUGAUUUUAACUUUGCUUUCUGAAUUUGAAGUUCUUUAACUAACCAUGUUUCGGCCAACAGGGUAAUCUAAUGGUGGACUCAUCCUUUAGAAGCUGAUGGUGAGACUUUAAUGUCAAAUUGAUGAAAUAAGAUUUUGUUGCUGACACUUUAAUAUCUUUCAGGUUUUAGUCAUUCUUUUGUUUUGACCAGGAAGUUGCCGUUGCUCUUG